CGUCCAGCCCCGUGCUGCGCCAAUGUCCAUAACAACCCGUGCUGUGGGCUUUGCCACUGCCAUUGCUUAUCAACGCACUUGUACUACAUGGAAUACUGCAGCAAUUGCUGAGAUUGCAACAAUCCAUGUUGUAUAUAGGGUUCACCUUUUGUUAGUGCACCUGAAACUGUAUUUAGCACAACAGAUACAGACCGAAGCUGUUUCCGUGGAAAACGCCCUCCAACAUAUCUUCUUGGCUGAUGAGAUACGGGAAGAAUUGAUCUUGAUCACACAGGUCCCAAACGUUAUGGCGAUGAUACUUGACUGCAUUGGAAAGGUUGAACAGGACGGAUUCAUCUGGCAUGUUGGUUAUCCAACGCGCGAUUUGUGCGAUGAGGAAUACGAUAGUCUCGUAAUUAAUCCAGACACUAUGCGAGAUUUACUGCAUCGCCUUUCAAAUCCAGCAACAUCGGCAGUAAUGCGGCAUGAUUUUAUUAAAUAUAAUUCAAUCCCAGGAGCAAAAUUUGAAGGUGAGCUCUUGGUCAACGCUGAUGAUAUAUGGCCGGUUAGGUAUUCUUCGGGUGAUAUACUCGCGGAUAUCCAUUCUUACAAGAAUUGGAUAACUCGAAAACUCCGGGCAAUCGAUAAUCACAACCCUCCUUGGAAAAUUAAUCAGGCGUCAUGCGACUGGUCGUUAAAUAGAUAUAAAAAAGACAGUACCCCUAACUCAACCUUUAAACAACUGUUUCUACAAAAAACAACCGACCUCAAAAAGAACGGAUGGACUAUCAUUUACACAGAUGGCUCCAAAACAAACUACUCAACAGCGUUUAGCGUUACGACCGAAUCUGGUUCUGAUCUAAGCAUAAAGCAAAUGAUCCCUCUUUCCUCAAUAUUCUCUGCAGAAGCAAGUGCCAUUCUAGAAGCGUUGGCGCUAUGUACUCAUAAAAAGCAAAAAGUGGUCAUAUGCUCUGAUAGCCUGUCAGUCAUACGACCGCACAGUGUAACUUUUUUCACUUUUAGGAUGCCAAAAGUCAAAAAAACAAUGUGCUCCAAUCUUCAAAAUUUUUUGAUAUGCUACAGAUAAAUAACCAACUGUUAAGAAAAUGUAUUCAAAGCAAAGCAAACAACCCACAAUCCUCAUGAUAACCGUUAUGUAACUUUGCUGAUUGCAACAAGUGUAAAAAUCGUUUCACAGUCUAAAAAUUUUGAUUAUCUUUGUGGCCACGUGGUGGAUUUUUGGAUAACUGGUUUGACUUGAAACUAUUUUAUUUUACAUACUUGGGUAGUUUAUAACAGCAUUGGUAAGUUUCAGCCACGUAGGUAUUUUUUUAAUUUUUUUUUUUUUGUUUAGACAGCCACUAAAAAUUUGGAAAGCUUAGAAAAUUUUUUGUUUUCAAUAGAAUAGAACUUACUUACUUCGCUCGAAUUCGCCUUGAUGAUUAUAUACAUAUACAAAGGGAAUUUAAUAUAGUUUCAGAUAAAAAAAAAAAAAAAACCAUUGCAGAAGUUUGCCGACACUAUGUCAUUUUUGCAUAUCGCUAACUCAAGGUCAGCAUGCCCUUACUCAUAUAUGAAUGCACAAUGACCUAACAAUGGAAUGUCUUCAAUUCGAGUCUACGAUACUACAUCCGCAAAAAAGACAGUUAUACCUGAAAUGGUAAAAACCCAGAAAAAGGAAAGUUGUGUACUAAAUAGCCUUCAUUGUUUGUCAUAUGGGUUUUCCUAUUGUUAGCGAGCCUUUAAAAUCUAUGUUGUGCUCUUAUCCCUUAUAACCAUCGAGCACGUCUACCUGAGGGUCGUCUAUUCUAGGUAGUACUUUUAAGCAAGUGAGUGAUUUCGCUAAGACUAUAUAAAUAAAGAACAUAGCUAAAAAUGCAUCAUACUAAAAAAGGAUUGCAUUGAAGUAUAACCAACUGCGCUGUACCAAAUUUGCCUAUACCUAUCAUCAAUUAAUUAUGGCUGUACCACGAAAUCCACUCUUUGAAGUUUGGCUAAAAAGCAACAAUGAAGAAAAGCACAAAGCUAUGCUAAACCAUAUUUUUAGUGUAAUUGGAAGAGAUGUGGAUCAUUUAAAACUAAAACAAUACAUCAUGAGGCUAAGUCAUGAUAUUCGUAUGAGAUGGGAACGUUGUGGCUGAUCUACAAAAAAAUUUAUUGAGCAAGAGUCUCAAUGGUUAUCAAAAAAUCAUGAUUUCAAAGAUUGUAUCAUUGAUGUUGAGCCAUGCACUUCUCGUGAUAUUCCUAGGCCGGGGAGGCCAACAAAAACCUUCGCUGAGUUAUCUAUACGCACAAGAAAGCGAAAAGCUAAGGAACUAAUGAACAAUGUCGAUAAUGAUCAACUGUUAAUGGCAGCGGAAUUGAAAUUACGAUCAUCAGGAAAAAGAAAUUCUGCAAAAAUAGUUGAGGAGUUGUCCUCAGCAUCACCAUCAAGAGGCACUGCAUACAAAAAGUCCCGACUAUCGGAUGAAAAUAAGAAAAGUUUGACACCAGAUCAAGCAAUUGCGAUGAUAGUUGACUCAAAUCUUUCAACACAUGAAUACUCAAUGACCCGGCAGCACACUUCAGAAGUUAACAGGAAAAUAUAUCCUUCAUAUAACUGUCUAAAAGAAUCAAAGGUUUUAUGCUAUCCUGAAAAAAUUACCGUAACGGACACCUAUGCUGAAAUUGAAUUGCAAUCCCUAAUUGAUCACAGCUUACGAAGAUUGUGUCUUGCACAAGAAGAGGUAUUGCUUUCUAUUCCUGAAGUUAAUGAACUAAAUGCAAUUAUUAAAUGGGGAUGUGAUGGAGCUGAGCAUAGCUGUUAUAGUUUGGAGUAAUCCUGCUCCAUCUUCCACCAGAUACUGCCGCCCGAUAAAAUUUGUUUUUACAAAAGAAACACGAGAUGUUAUUUCAAAGGAGGUGCAAUCUGUCAAAGACCAAAUUUCCAGUCUUCGUCCUACAACAAUUCAAACGGAUAACCUAAAAUUUCUAGUGAAAUCGACGAUUGUGUUGUGCAUGAUUGAUGGCAAAGUUUGCAACGCUCUAUCGGCAUAUACAUCAUCGCAAAAGUGCUACAUAUGUGGGGCUUCACCAAAAGAUAUGAACAAUAUGCGAGCCCUCUCAGAGCGAAAUAUUGACGAAAGCAUGCUUGCUUUCGGAAUUUCCCCUUUACAUUCUUGGAUACGAUGCAUGGAAUGUAUGCUACACAUCGCUUAUCGAAUGGAAAUGAAGACCUGGUGUGUGCGGGGCGAAGAAAAUAAGGAAAAGAUGAAAAAGAAGAAAGAACAUUAACAAAAAAGAUUCAGGAAAGAAGUUGGUCUUUUGAUUGAUAUGCCAAAGCAAAAAACCGGCAACACAAAUGAUGGCAACACUGCGAGAAGAUUCUUUGGAGAUCCUGAAAUAACAUCAGACAUAACCGGCAUAAACAUCAAUCUUUUGAAAAGGUUUCAUACAAUACUUUCAUGCAUAGGAUGUGGGUUUCAAAUAAAUGCUGAAGCUUUUGGCCAUUAUGUGACAGAGACAAGGGAACUAUAUUUAUCGGAAUAUGCUUGGUACAAUAUGCCAGUGAGGGUACAUAAAAUUCUGUUUCAUGGAAAGAGUAUAAUCGUGUCUUCUGUUCUUCCUAUUGGUCAACUUUCGGAAGAAGCUCAAGAGUCCAGAAACAAAGAUGCACGAAACUAUCGUAAACUUUUCACGAGAAAAAAGUCAAGAAUUUGUAGUAACUUGGAUUUGCUGCACAGAUUGCUGAUAUCGUCAGACCCGUUCAUAAAUAGUUUGCGGAAAACCCCUAGGACAAAGCGGCGACCAUUAACGAGUGAAGUUAUUAGCUUACUAUCGGAACCAGAGAAUGUCGACGAUAUUGACUCCGACUAACUUUAAAAUAUCACUUUUUAUUUAUUUUAUGUAUUUCGAUUUAGUUUUUACAAAUAUAUGUACCUGAGCUGUGUUUGACUUUGAAAAUAAAAUUUUUUAAAUAUUAAUCAAAAGCCUCUAACUGUAAAGUUAAGAAAUCUAAACAAUUUUUAUUUAUAUUCGCACUGGAAAAUGCGUUUUAACUAGAAAAUAUGAUUAUGUGAAAUUUCACCUUAUAUGAGGGCAAGGGGAAAAAGUGGGCGGAACAGGCCCAUUUUCAUUUUCAAAUCAGAUUUAGGUAUCUGUAACCACACUGCAAAAUUUCAAAUGAAUUGGUCCAUUGGUUUGGCUGUUAUUAAUUUUGGCAUCCUAAAAAUGACAAAAGUUACACUGUGCAGCAGAGCAAUAAGUAUAUUUCUUCUCAUCACUUUAGCGAAAAACAUUGGUGUAGCAUGACAGCUAAGCAAAACAAAAUGUUCACACAAUAUUAAGUAAAAAGUUCAAUAUACUUUUGGCAAUAACUAAGCCAAAGUACUCAAAUCAAUUUAGCUUGCGCUGCACUUCUCCAAUAACAUAAACUCGAUUGAACCCAUAUACAUUUAUGUAUGCAUGCACAACAACGUAGAAUCAUAAGCAUGACUAACAACUUAGAAAUGUAAGUUUGUAAAUUAGAUUACUCAUAAGGUAGAUUGUAAGCAUAUAAAAGAACGGCGAUGAGCCGAAUAAAACAUUCCCACUUUAAGACUCAA